AUGAAUGAUGUUAAAACUUUUGAACUUGAAGAAGCAAACUCAAAGCUUAAUAUUGAAAUCCAAGUUCAAGUUAAGAAAUUCAAUGACCUUAAAGUACGUGCCCAAUCAAGAUUAGAAGAUGCAUCGGAACAAUUAUCCGAAAUUAAAAAAGUUGCCAAUAAAGAAAUUUUUAAACUUGGUUUGAAAUUGAAAGAUUCAGAAUCUAAAUUGAAGUUAAAACAAUUAUUGGACCAUGCAGGUAAAAAACCACCACUUAGAUUCACUGGAAAAGCAUAUCCAAGCAUAGCUAAACCAAUCAAUAUUUAA